AUGCGAAUUCCCGUAGAUCCCAGCGCCAGUCGGAGGUUCAGUCCGCCGUCCAACAGCCUCCAGCCGGUCCCAGGGAAGAUGAACGAUGUGAGCUCUCCGGGCGGGCAGCCGGACGCUGCGGCGGCGGUGCCAAGACUGCGUCCCCACGAAAACCGCAGCAUGGCCGAGAUCAUCGCCGACCACCCGGCCGAGCUGGUCCGGACCGACAGCCCCAACUUUUUGUGCUCAGUCCUGCCCUCCCACUGGCGGUGCAACAAGACGCUGCCCGUCGCCUUUAAGGUGGUUGCCCUUGGAGACAUACCGGAUGGGACAGUCGUCACGGUAAUGGCGGGCAACGAUGAGAACUACUCGGCCGAGCUGCGGAACGCCUCAGGUGUGAUGAAGAACCAAGUGGCACGCUUCAACGACCUGCGCUUCGUGGGCCGCAGUGGUCGAGGCAAGAGCUUCACGCUGACAAUCACAGUAUUCACCAACCCACCACAAGUGGCCACUUACCACCGAGCCAUAAAGGUCACCGUGGACGGACCACGUGAGCCCAGGAGGCAUCGACAGAAACUCGAAGACCCUCCAAAAGCUGGUCUUUUUUCAGACCGUCUCAGUGAGCUUGAGAGGAUGAGGGUAAGGGUGGCUGUGCCCACUCAAGGCCCCCGGCCGAAUCUCAACACAGCAGCCAACUCCUUCAACCCGCAGGGACAGACACAGAUAACAGACCCUCGUCAGUCCCAGUCCUCUCCUCCCUGGUCGUAUGAACAGACGUACCCGUCCUACCUGAGUCCCAUGGCGUCCCCCUCAGUCCACUCCACCACCCCCCUCUCCUCCAGCCGAGGCACGGGACUGCCUGCCAUCAGUGACGUGCCUCGACGAUUGCCAGGUUCGUCUGACCUGAGUCCAUUCCCGGGUCAGUUUGAGCGUCAGUUCCCAGGCCUCUCCUCUCUCACAGAGACGCGUUUCUCCAGCCCUCGCAUGCACUACCCGGCCACCUUUACCUACACCCCGCCUGUCACCUCCGCCAUGUCGCUCGGCAGUGCCCACUACCACACCUACCUUCCCCCACCUUACCCGGGCUCCACCCAGAGCCAGAGUGGACCCUUCCAGACCAGCAGCACGCCCUAUCUCUACUACGGUGCCUCAUCCGGCUCGUACCAGUUCUCAAUGGUUCCCGGCGGGGACCGCUCGCCAUCCCGGAUGAUCCCGCCUUGCACUAGCGCCUCCACGGGCACAUCCCUGGUGAACCCCAACCUGCCCAGCCAGACGGAGGGAGGAGUGGACGGCGACGGGAGUCACAGUAACUCCCCGACUGUUCUCAACCCCGGAGGCCGCAUGGAUGAAGCCGUCUGGAGGCCAUAUUGAGGACGACAUGUGGGCGGAGACUAGAUGUCAUGGUUUGAAAGCACAAGACCUUUUAUCAAUAAAUAAAAGGGGAUUUUUGAGCUCUCAUCAGCUAUCUCUACCUUUUGUUGGAAAUUAAAGUUGAGAUGAUAAAAAAAGGCUGGACUCGUACAGACUUGUCUUCCUGGAAUGUGUUUUGACCAAGGCACUACAAAGGGAGCGAUUCUCACAGCAAUAAUGAGAGACACUUUUACAAGGCUCAUGUGGAUGAGACAUUAUUUCAUUUUAUUUUAAUCCACAAGCUAAGGGAUGCUUCAACAAUAUUUGUAAAAGACUGCCUCUUUUGUAUCGUGUUUGUAUUUCCAUAAGGCUUUUUGCAGAGCAUGUUUUUGUACUACGACAAUAUCAAGAUGCAAGUUAGGCACUGAGUAGCAAGUGAUGAGAGUAACACAUAUGUUACUAUAAGUGGUAUGGACAGUAAAUUUGCUUUGAAACAAUUAAUUUAACUUGUAUAUUGUGGGUGAAACGUUUCAGUAGAACGAGGCGUUUCUCUUAGUUUUAACUUAUAAAGCCAUAAAUUAUGUAUUGUAUUUGAAACUUGAGUCAAAGAAGUGUAAUCUGAAUAUUUUUGAUGCAUCUAUAAGUUAAAAUGGUUUUUGUUUUUUGAUAGGUAAUUUAAGAGAGUGAGAAGUUUAAUUUUUUUGUUGUACCCAAAGAUUGAAAUGGUUUUGAAUAUGAAAUGUAAUUUCCAAAGAGUAUUGCAACAUGUUUCUUCUGGUGUAACUUUCAGUUAAACUGCUCCGCACGUUAAGAGCUCAACAUCCUCGCUAGGCGUUGACACACAUUUGGCUGGGAAUUAAACCUUUGGUAUUUAUUGAGCAAUAACUCGUAUUGUGCCUCUUGGCAACAUACCAUGAAAGAGAGCUUCAUUGGGGGAAAAUAAUUAUCCGUCGGGGAAAUUCUGCUUUUUUUCUUCAGUUUGUCUCGUCUGACAUGCACACAGAUACAGUUGUGUGUUUUUUUUUCAAAUUAAGCUAACCUACGUUUAUUCAUGAACUGACACGCAGCCCAAAGAUUAUUAAGAUGUAGCCAUGCCUAUUUGUGCUCUAAGCACUCUCCAAAGCAGCAGGUCAGACUUAAGGGUUCAGUUAUUUUACAACUCGUGUACUCCUCAGGCCUGAAAUAGUCCCUGGAUGAUCUUAAAUCCACAGAUUUUUCAUAUCAGUGCGUCUUUUUUAAAUCCCCAGUCUCUCUCAGUGUUCUGUCUGGAUUAUAGGGAAUAAAUGCCAAGUCUAUUAUAACUUUCAUAUCAUGUGCAAAAGAUAGCUUUGAAAAAGUGUGUCUUUGUGUGUGACACACACGGGUACUUUUGUUUGCAUUUUCUCUUUCAGUCUCAGAGAUUGGAAAGGAAGCCUCACAGUAAAAGACAAAGCAGACUGUGACAUUCCUUCAGACCUUUAUUUAUUUUCCAUUUUUGGCUCUUGUUGACAUGCUUUUCCAAAUAGAUUUGUAUCAUCUUCUUUUCAGUGUUACAGUCUAAAACGGCUCUGUGGCACCAGUGUGGCGGGGAGGUCUGAUAUUUUGAUGUGAGAAGUGUUGGAGGGGAAGGAAAAAAAGUGCAAAAAGCGAGGUGAUUGGAUGCAGCUGCUGGCAGCAAAACUGGUAACCAAAAAGUAUGGGAGACUUGUGUAUGUUUGUUUCAUAAAGCACUUAUUUCUUGUUUUAUUUCUAGCAGCACUUGCGGCUUGCUGCCAGCAGGGCUCGUGGUUUUGGUCUUCAGCGUCAAUAUAACGCCACUGAAGUCACACACACACACACAUAUACCCGCGCACACACACACAUAUACCCCCCCCCCACACACCCACACACACACUCACAUAUAUAGCCGCACACACAUACAGAAUGGAUAACACUUGGCCAAACAAGCCAUUUUCAUUGCAGUUGAAUCUGAUCUCACAAGGCAGUUGGUAUUUGUUUGAAAAAAGCAUUUUUGGUACAAUAUGAUAUUCAGUGCAUGUAGGUAAUAUAAUAACUCAAUUUGAAAAAGCUGAGAAAAACACAGCCCUGUCCAAGGAUCAGACUUCAGGCUUUCAUUGAAGGUUUGCACGCAGUGCCUCUCUCUCCGUCUCUGCAGAGGAUGUUCUGAGCUCACUUAGUAGAAGUGAACAUGUCGCACUACAUUUCCCCGACUGCUUCAGCCCACACAGAAAGUCUUCAUGCUGUUACAGAGGAACAAAAGAAAGCGAAUAAAACCUUUUAGAUCAUCAUGAUUUUAAAGCUUUCUUCCGAUUACAGAUUUAUUAAAUGUGUCCACAGUAACUAUGCACAUCUGUUGGACUUAAUUUAAUCUGCGUCUUUCUUUCUUUCCAAGUUUCGAACAGGAAAUGGUCGUUUAAAAACUGUUUACACAUCAGCGCAGCACUGACAUCCCGUCCUGUCUUCCUUUGCUUUUGUUUGUGUUGUGUUUUUCUUUUUUUUUCUCAAGAAAACAUGAGGUUCAACCUUUUUUCUUUGCUUUGUUUAAUGUUGCUGUCAUCCAAAACCUUGUAUUAUUAUUAUUUAAUGAUCCACAUGUAUCAUACCCAAGAGCUGUACCUGACCCUGCUCUCAUGUAAAGUUUACUUCUUAUGUCUAUUUUUAUUCUUUAUCUCAUAAAAACUUGUCAGGAAAUUGAAUCUAAUGGAGCCUCUGUUAGAUUUUGCUGGUACGUUUCAUAAAAAACAAGUUUUUUUUUCAAAGGGACACAGACCUGACAACAGUGAGUGAAAUUGGCAUUGUGAUUGUACAUUUGUCUAUUUUAAGAAUAAAAUAGGAAUUUUGUAACUUAA